AUGGUCACCCUCGAGCAGCAUUGUCCUAUUCCGGACUUGACAGAGAUCCACCACUUUCAGCACUCAAUGUCCAAAGACAAGAACGACACAGACCAGCCAGCACCCUUUCGCGGUGAGUUUUCAUUCGUGAACAAGGACGCAGGCAACAUCGACUCCAAAGAACACAAUGCUGCCGUCUCAUGGCAUGUUAUGAACCGUUAUGAGAGGUGGAAGAAACAAGAGCUAGCCAAAAAGCUCCGCGCCUCUGCCAACGUCCCAAUCGGAGCACUCUCUGAGCCCUCUCUAAUCCCUCAGCAACAAGUCCAGUCCAAGCCUGGGUCAUCACAGCCUCCGCCCACUAGUCGGCCACAGCAAUCAUCUGUACGUCGCUUUCCAUCUAACGUUCGUCAAGCAGGAUUGACCGACUAUUCCCAGACCAGGACAAUACCUACAACGCCUUCGUUUGGAUUUGACCCAUGGACCGCAGAACCAGUCCAAUUGGGAUAUGCUGGCCUCAGCUCAGGGCAAGGUUCCAGCAGCGGAAUCCAAACGUCUGCCGCUUCUACGCCGUCCACUCAUUCCAGCUUGCUCAACGAUGAGCCCUCGGCGGUCAUUGCCCCGAUGCCAGGCUUUCUAAAUCUCACAGACACCAGCUUCGACGAAUCAAUCGGCUCCAUCGGAUCUUUAGUUAGCAACCUGAUUUCCUUUGCCUAUGAGGUUUUCAUCCCACAACUGUGGCCCAAGGAGUCGGAGCGAUCGAACCAUACCUACGAGCUUGCCCGGAGUUGGGACGACGCUUCCUUUGUCAAUCAGGAUAUGUGUUACUUCAAUGCUUACCUCAGCCUACUCGCGGCUUCAAUGGCUACAGCCAGUGACGAUGAAUCGCUUCUCUACCAAGUACGCUCUUUCCAGGGUCCGGCCAUGACAGAGUUGCGCGCACGAGUAGCCCGUCAAGGAAGUCAAGAUCUCAUCACUCUAAAAGCAAUCCUAAAGUUAUUCUCUUCCGAGACCAUUGUUGACAACACCUCGACCGCACGCAUGCACCUCAAGAUGCUUCGCAAUCUAGUUAACGGAGCUGGGGGUAUCAUUUUACUUGACUCUUGGUUUCGAGAAGAUCUUCUCUCUUGCGAUGCAUAUUUUGCACUGAAAUACGAGACGCGACCACUUUUCCCAGCGCAGGAAUGGACUCCUGGACCACUCAGUCAGCCCUGGAAAGCUCGAUUGAUGUCGGCCGGAAUCUUCGGCGAUCAUGCCGCUGGCAUCGAUCCAUUGAUCGACCAUCCAGUAUUGAAGGCCGUUAUGACCGACCUGCGUGAACUUUUCAAAACCAACGAGUAUACCCAAUCACACGAUGUCCCGGCUGACGAUCAGCUCCUCCGAUGGCAACGAAUUCGCACUUUCGACUGCAUCUCGAGGCUUGCUGAUCACUAUGUCAACUUGGCCAUUUAUCCCCAUCUGUUUAGCCGGCCGCUCUGUCAAGCGUAUGCAUGCAUUGCGACGGCCCUUGUUGCCAACAUGGUCUUGGGAUCGCCGGAACCCGUACGAUUUGGAUUGAAGCUGUUGAAUGACCUCCGCAACAAAUUGGUUCAGAGCGAGAGUGAGGAGGACCAAGGACAAUUUCGACGACUUCGGUUGUGGGCCUUUUACGUAGGUUUCAUGGCGGAAAAGGUGCACCCAGUUGAUAAAAGUCAAGCUGGUUGGUUCGAGAGGAACUACCAAAGCCACGCCGCUGCCUUGGGCGCUUCAGCUUGGGAAGACACCAAACGUGUGGUGAGACAGUUCUUGUACUCGGACAACCUCCACCAGGAGAUCACGGCGGGACGAAGUUAUCGAUCGGUGGACGCGAGGCAGGGAUACUAUGCUGCAUCUGGCUGUAGCUGGCGAGAACCAAUGCUUGAUACUGGCCUCGUCGGUACAAAUGAAUCUGAGCUUGGAGGCAAUGUGGGAAGUGGGAAGCAGCCAGCUGCGGGUAUCUGA